AGGCCUGGAUUGUAAAUCCGAAGCCCAGACACUAUUACCUGAAUAAAAAGAGGAUUAGGGUUUUAUUAAAAAAAGAAGAGCCUCCCUCAUCCAACUCUCGCCGCGCCCAAUCUAUUCUACUCUUCUUCUCCCUGCUUACUCUUGCAAUAUCCGAUGGCCCCCAAGAAGGAAAAGGCUCCUCCUCCCUCCUCCAAGCCUGCCAAAUCUGGCGGUGGAAAGCAAAAGAAGAAGAAGUGGAGCAAGGGAAAGCAAAAGGAGAAGGUGAACAACAUGGUUUUGUUUGACAAGGCCACGUAUGACAAGCUCCUUUCCGAAGCUCCUAAGUUCAAGCUCAUCACUCCUUCCAUCCUCUCUGAUCGUUUGAGGAUCAAUGGAUCUCUUGCUAGGAGGGCAAUCAGAGAUUUGAUGGCCAGAGGUUCCAUCAGGAUGGUAUCAGUCCAUUCAAGCCAGCAAAUUUACACCAGAGCUACAAACACCUAAUCCCAUUGACUGUGCUUCUCGGACUUGAAUGUUGGUUUUGUACUGGAUUAUGUGGGAGCUAGUCCUCUCUUUACCUAUCUAUUUUUUGUAAGACAUGUUUCCAGUGUUUUUUGCUAUAUUCCCUUGGCCCAGAUAUUAAAUUUUAACCUUUUUUAUGCGGAUUUAAUGUUCUCUGAGA